AAAAUGUAGUGGAGAAUUCAAUGUAAUCUACGGGUAUUAAAUUUUCAAGCAAAACGAGCUUAUGAAUCUACAUUAAAGUGAAGUUUCAAUUACCUUCUGAAUAAUUGAAUGAGUUGAACGAAGAAAAGUACCAGAGUGCAUCACUGGUUAAGUCCAGCGGUGGUGUACGACAAACAGCAUAAUGAGAGAAUUGCGAUUUCAGAGAGAAUCUCGCUGGUGAGAUCCUCUGCAAAGUGGCCAUCCCUUCCGUUUUUGUGUUCGCCGUUCUUUAGUCAGCAGGCAGGAGCAACCUCGUACUGUGCCGUCGUGUGUGCCGUUGUAAAGCAAGCAAAGCACAUCAACCUACAGCCAGGCCAGACUGUGACGGAGGGUGAGAGAAAAAUUACAUAAAACUGCUCCUGUUGUGUGUUCCGUCGUGGUUUACUACCGUCGCUUCUGAUCAAUUUUUUCAGUAGCCGUCACAUUUUGAAAAUUCAACUAAAGAAGUGUCCUCUUGUGCAAGAAAAAAGGCUUUAAUUACACCUGAAGUGAUGUUUUGUUGAAGCAGAAAAAAGUAGAGUAUUGUGCGUGAAAAACCGCAGAGCGUUACAGCGAUCGAUACCCAGCAGGCGUAUAUUAUAAAACCCGAGUGAAGUACGUCCAGAAAGGAAGUUUUGUUACUGUUCUGUAAGAAUUUACAGCGGAAUAGCAAUACUAUAAAUUGUUGUAGAAGCUUUAAAUCUGCCGAAGAAGUUGAAGCAAUGAAAAAAAUGAUGGAUUCCUGAUACCAGAUUUUCCAACGCGGCCCCUUCGCUCUCUUGUUCUUGUUUUUCUCCAUCAACGAAAGCACCAAAAGAAGGGCCACCCAUCAUCGGCAGUCAGGAAUACGAGAGCAAUAGAGAGAGGCACCACCAUCGCGUGUGCAAGAAAGAAGCAGGAGAAAGAAAACGCCAGCCUACCACUGUGAAGGAAUUUUCCUAAAAAUCUAUUCUGACCCCCGGUUUGCCUUUGUAAAAUUACAGUAGAAGUGAAAACAAUGCAGUAACAGUUGUUAACUACUUAAUCCUCGUGUUGUCAAAAAAAAAACGCAUAUGCAUCCCCCACCUUAACAUCAAUGAGGAUUACAACUGUUCAGUGAAGCAAAAAAGUGGUGUGGUAAUUAUACAGAAGGACAUUCGUUGCUUGUAGAAGUAAAACGAAAGAUUGAAAUCAAAUCUAGAAAAAUAAACGAUGGUGGUGCAAAAUCUUCUGAACUACUUAUAAUGAUCUGGUACCAUAGGUGAGAUCAGUGGCCAAUACGAAGAGAAUGAGCGAUAGCUGAAAAGUGUACUGGUGUUAUCCUAACGACACGUCAGAUUGCGUUGUCCCCUUGCGGAAGGAUUUGCACUGUUUUCUGGAGAGAGUAUGAGUACGGCCUCAAUUUUUGGUGCUAGACACAAUCAGUAAAAGCCGAGGAAAAGUGGUUAGUGAAAAGUUUACAAGACAAGAACAGCGUUUAAAAGAACACAGAACAAAACGGAUUCCUUAAGAUUGGUGUAAAUUUUUGAAUUACACAUCAUUUUUGUGAUAACAAAAAACUGGAUCGCUCGUUUUGAUUCCGUCGCUCUUGCAUUAUCAUUAGUUUUGCAUACAUAAAAUAGUUCUGAAACAGUGUUUGAAGGAUUUGAGUUUGAAAGUUUCAAGUUUCGUUUGGCAACGACUGUCGCGCAAAGUGAGUGUUGCCUUUUUAAUCUCAAGAGAAAAAAGUGAAUUGUUUGAAAAUAAGCUCAAUAAAACAUACAGCUAAACGAAAGGAUUAAGUAAUAAUCACUUUCAAGUGAACGUGAAAUACAGUUCGCCACGACGUCGACCAACAGCAGCCAGCCGCCACCGACAGCAGCAGGGGGAGUUGGAAUUGGAACAGGGGGAGCAGGACCAUCAUCUGCAUCUACGAAAGGAGGAUCAGCAGCAGGGGGAGGAGGGGGACGUCGACGUUCCCGUAGUCAGGUACCGAACAGUAGCGGAGGAGGCGGCGGCGGCGGCAGUGGUAGUGCGAGUGCUAGUCGGCGGAGCAGCAAAACGGAUUACGCUCGGCGGAGAAGUCCUUCUUCGGUUACUGACGAUUCUUCCUCCUCGCUACUGCUGUCCGUUUCUGCCGGAGGUCGCACGGCAGGAGGUACGGCAGGCGCCAUUGACCGCGAGCGUGAAAGCGGAGGCGGCGGAGGUUCGGCCACCAGUCAUCAACACCAUCCUCAUCCGCCGGACUCGUAUGAGAAGAGUCACAACAUGGCUUCUUCCAAUCACCGUGGAAUACAGAUCGGUUCGGCCUGGUUUCAACGGAAAAUUAAUUUGCGACCGCAGCAUCGGGGUGUUCAUCUGGUGACCGAGGAAAUUCUUAGGCAAAUGCCAGAGCUGGGCCAGUUUUCAGUCGGAUUGUGCCAUGUUCAAAUAUUACACACAUCGGCCAGCUUAGCGUUAAAUGAGAGUUGGGAUCCAGACGUGCGAGACGACAUGGAAAUGAUGCUGAACAAAAUUGUUCCGGAGGGGCUGCCGUACCGACAUUCAUGUGAAGGCCCCGAUGAUAUGCCUGCCCAUGUGAAAGCAUGUUUUCUUGGCAGUUCUCUGACAAUCCCGAUCACUGAUGGCAAACUGUCACUCGGCACGUGGCAGGGCGUUUGGCUGUGUGAGCACCGUGAUCAUGCCGGUUCCCGCAAGCUGGUGAUAACGCUGUCCGGCUGCCCUCGGGACUCGGCCCGAAGUCCACUCUCACCGGUGUCGCCAAUUGCAUCCACUUCCAGUUAGGGACGGCCUCGCUCUGCUCGCGAUAGUCGGUAAUCGUGGGUUAGGGCGGUGCUCUGCUGUAAGUUUCAUACUGAUAAGCGUCAUUAUACUAUUGGAAUUAACCUUGGUGCAAGGUUAUAGAACGCAACCUAUAAAUAAUUAUGUUAAUUAUAAAGUCAGAAGGAGAACACAGAGAAAAAUACAGUGCAGAUAAUUGAAAACAAGAUUUUAAUGAGCGGAUAACAGACAAGUCCUUAGGCGAAAGGCGAACAGUUCAUACUAAUAAUAUCCUAAAUUAUUAGAUAUGAAACGCCAUAGAAGCAAAAAAAAACUUCAGAACUAAAAUUUGAUUUAACAUUUGUAUUAAAAUUGUAGCUUUAGAUAUAUGACAAAUAGAAAUCGCUAAACAAAUUUCAUAUAACAAAACGCAAUGAUAAUAGAAAUUAAGAUGUCUACUUGAAAGCUAAUUCAAAUACACAGCUCGGUCAAAGGAACUUAUUUUUAUCAAAGUAGGAAAACACAUUUUCAUUUCUACUGUUUUACCAACCGGGAACGUAGGGAAAUAGUGAAACUAAUGAAUAGCAAAAAAACCAAAUCAGAAUGAAAUAGAGAGCAUAUAGUUUUGUUAACAUUUGUAUCACAUUUCAUUUUCAUUUUUGUCAGAGAAUAAAUAUAGGGCUAAUAGGCUGAACCAACGCGUACACGAGUGCACAAAAUGAGAAACAAAUACUAGAAUAUAGAAUCAUGCCGAUACUAUUAUAUACACAUUCAUGUCCAGGAUUAAUCAAGUUCAUAUCUAUCAUUAUUUUACUAAUUACACUAAUAACAAGUAAUUGUCAGUUUGACACUGACAUUAAAUUGAUUCGAUCUUUUUUAUGUUAUGCUCUAAUAAUUAUUAUUGUUUCGAUUUCAAAAUUUUUUGUUGUGCCAGCAACUAAGGAAAUGGCAGAGUGAUCAAAAAAACGCAAUCACAGCGAAACUGAACAGAGGAUUGAUUGUGGGUGUUGACCCGUUUAUUAUCAUCGGCUAGCUGACGACGGAAGCUACAGCAAAGAAGAUCGAUUGUACAUAGUGGUUAGGGUUUAGUGUGUUUUAAAUGCAUCUAAUUGUUUUUAGCCUUCAUCAUGUAAGUUAAGUUACGUAGCGAGACAUGCGUAUCGGUGAGCGGACCAUAAAGCAAAUGAGGCAGCAUUACGUUUUUGUGCCUCAGGGAACAUCACCGCGAUUGCGUGAUAGCGCGCACCGGCAAAAGUGUGGUGAAAUUUGUACAUAUAGAAGUAGUAUUGUUGUUUCCGAUAAAGCGGUGAGUUGUUGAUUUUAUUGUUUAUUUCACGUACUAUAUAGUUCGAAUUCACAACACUGCAUUAGUUAGAAGAAACAUACGUACGUUUUCACUUCUUGUGUUUUCUUUGAAAGGAAAAGAUGAGCGAUAUAUUAACGUUAGAGGUUAGGUUACUCGAAGGCACGGUUUAUGUGGUGAGUACCGGUUCUGCGUUUAGAGAGUAGAACAUUUUAAUAAGGUUUGGUUGUUCUCAGUUGCAUGAAACCCGAUUCAAGUUGAACUAACAUUUAUUGUCAAUAAAACUUGUUAUGUUUUGAAAUAUUUCACAUAAUAAACUGGCAAAAAACAACAUCUGAUCGUAUUCAGACGAAAUUUGAAAACAAUUCGAGCUGCAGCAGGAAAUUUAUCUCUUAUUCUGUUACAUCCUCUGUUUCAGAUACAAUUGAGUGGUUCAAAUUUAUUACUUGGUACGUUUUCACUUCUUUAUUGAGUAUGUGGUGAUAGUCUAUGAACAUCCAUCAAUUCUGACCUUUUUCACAAUUUAUAUUCAUAGAAAAUUUAACAUAAACAGCAACAUCCAUAGUAGAACGUGUAAGGUCAAUACCAAAUAGUGAACCGCAUUGCAUUCUCUGCAUUGUAUAUCUAAGAACAGAAAUUGAGGUAUCUUCUUUCGGCAAACAUAUUAGACAAACUAAGGAAGAAAAUAACUCUUUUGCACAUUACAAUCGCUUCAAAAUUAAAAGGAAAAAAGUAAGAGGUAAUGCCAUUAGAGCGAGAAAUACACACAACGGAAAAUAAAUAUUGAGGCAACCAUUUCUCGUCCAUCCUUUUCUAUGAUGUAUCAAGUUGUGAGAAGGUUUGUAUUUUUUACAAAAGUAAAAGUAUAAUGAAAAAAACAAAACAAAAAGAAUGAAUCGAUAUAUUUUGUUAAAAAGGUGUUUUUUAGUAAUUUUUUGUAGCAUGAGUCGAAAAAUGGAACCAAUGCAAUAGUUACUAUUACUUGUUAAUUUUCAACUAUAAGAGCGAUAGAGACUUUGUAUAAUUUUGAUGCAUGUAAAAGAAGCAAAUCACGAAAAGAGCAAUUAAUUAGUUUGUAAGAAAGUAUAACUUUUAACAGCGAUUUGAACUUUUGCUUUGUCGACAAAAUUUUUCAUUCAGUAACCCUCGGUUAUCGAUGCUGGAUUUUCGGAGCAACAGGAUUUCGUAAAAGUUGAAUAGCGUUGAACAAAUUGCAAUCCAAGUCUUCCAAAACGAGAGUCUCUUCCCCCUCGUUCUGAAGACACUACGUGCAAUGGUUUUAUUCCAACUUUCUGAACGUAACAUUUUAGUUUUUCUGAUAAAAAACCGGCGCAUUCUUUUUCAAACUACGGUUACUUUGAAACUGAUGUUGCCGGGUAGUAAUUUUAUUGCCAAGUGUUUCGUAAAUCCUGUUGCUUAUAGAUAAAAUCAUUUAGUUUAAUUUUCUUUCCUUUGACACAUUCUUUCUCUUACCCAGAAGUAGAUUUCAAUUGCACAAUACAUCUUAAUACUAAUCAGUCCAACCAAACCGAAACCGUAUUUCUCGGUGAAACCAAAAAGCGGUUGGUUUCAUUUGUAACCGUUACCACGCAUUAAAAAUAACAGCAUAACAUAAUUUACACACGAGCACUGUUAAAGAAAUAUCACUAGAGGCUAAAACUUCAUCAACAUUCACAACCGAAUUGUUAGUAUAUGUAUAUCGAUUUAGCUGAAGAGCAUCGUUGACAGAAAACCCCAAGUAUAUUAUAGAAGAAAAGCCAACCAGAAUCCAUUCCCACAAGGACGUAAGAUCCGAAUCUAGGAAAGAAAUGUUACAGAAAAUGGCUUUAUUCGUCAAGAAAAAAGGAAAACCGAUAUUGGUCGAUUUUUGCUACCAAACAAUUUUGUAUACUAAACCAGAGAAAUAACACACGCGCAAAAUUUCCGCCCCCUUUGUAGUAUAAUUGUAUGCUUCAGGAGUGUACUUAUUAGAAGACACGUAUUUUUGUGUAAAAUAUCACCCGUCACCAGCGCCAAACACAAUGUCACGAACCGUCAGCAGAUGUUACCAGAGCAGUAGCAUUUUUUGCAUCUAUAGGAUGGAAAAGUAGCCAUCAGCUCAAUACACGAUUUAUUCCCUCGUAGCUAGAAGCCGUACUAACGAAAGUGUUAACAAUCGUGUAUCUAAUUGUGCUUGAUUCGAGCUGCAGUAAAAAAAGCGUAACCAUACCGUCUCAACGAUAUUUAGAGAAAACAAAAUAUUUAGGCACUUUUUAUACAUUUUCCUUCAUUCGGAUUACAUUUCAGUAAACGGAUCUUUUCCGCUACCGUUUACGUCCAUUUUGCUAAGCUGCUUACUAUUAGACGGAUAGCUAGGAGCCUCUCGAAUGAGUAAGAACAAAAUAAACGGAAUCACUUCGAUCUGAUCGGAAAUAUGUAUGCGCUAGUGAGUACUUCGAGUUUUGGAUCGCUUGAACUGGAUCUUUGAGAGUUUGGAGAAGUUGUGCACUAGAAUUCGCCCCUUCAUAAUUCACUCUUUGGUUGGUUGAAACCCUCGUUUCUAAUGGAAACACUUGACCGAAGCACUCGGAAGAAUGACUAUUCUAUCAAUUAUUCAUUUGAAUAUACCUGUGAUGUAGUCACUGAAUUUCGUUUUGUGUGAAAUUAGCGGCGGAAGCUUAUGAGUGCCGUAUGGACAAGUUCUUGUGAUUGAACCCAAAAACCACUUUCUAGAAAACCGUUUGCCAGAGCUUUUCGAAACGAACAACACUUUAAAAAACCAUUUCCCAGAUAGGAACCUUUCUUAGAAAACCAUCCCUAAUAACAAUAUAUCUUUCUAAAAUGUGCAGAGUUUUCAUAUUUACAUUUCUAUUAUAUUAUGCGUUUGUAUAGUUUUCUUCACACUUUUCUGCUUCAAAGUUACUUUAUUUGAGAAAAUGAAAUUCAACAUGUUUACUAAUUUAUUGAGAGAUGCCAAAAGUUCUAUUCAAACCGACCACCGUUAAAAGUGGCGGCAAGAUCUUGCAAGCAAAGCUAAUCUAUUGGGGUGUACCAGUAGAAGGCAGCGAUAGUGAAUGAGGACAACAUGCGCCAAGUAUGCCACCCCAGCUGACGUUGAGGUACGAAGCUGGUCUAACAAACCAGUCGUCGUGUGUUCGAAUCUCGACUGGGAGAGAACGUUAGAGUCAAUAGGAUUGUAGCGCUAGCAAUUGAAUACUAACAGUUGACUGCGUUGUAUUGUAACUUUUGGUGUUCCUGGCAGGCUAGAAAACAUGUAAAUUCAAUCUUUAUUGCAGUGACUCGUUUUAAGGAGGAUACUUCUCGGAAAUAAUUUUAAAUAGUAGAAUAAAUGAAUUUCUAUAUGUUGUUAGUCAGCUUUUAAGCUUGAAAUUGCCGAUGGGGUAUCGUUAUUACAAUGAAGAAUAAUUAAUUGUAGUCACAAACGACGUUGAAUAGAAUAUUUCGUUACACGCGAUAAUUCUUAGCAUAAUUGUCAAAUUACACAGUUUCAUGAUCAGUGAUAAUUUUCAUUGUUAUAAGUAAAUAAGUUGGAUCAUAAAUUUUAAAAGGUGUUCAUCGGGAGUCACUUCUCAGCGAAAUCAGAGUGAACUGAAUACAGCCCUAUUACGGGACUCACGUAAGAGAGAAGAAAAUGGCAAAAUGACAUCUGCUGUGAAAUCUGGGUUAUUACUUACCAGUCAGCUCCAGGCGGAAGUGUCCCUUGCUGUUCGAAGAAGUCGUCUCCAUUCAACUCGGUCCAUGGCUGCAGCUCGCCAGCCAUGUCGUCUGCGGAGGCCCCGCAGGUCGUCUUCCACUUGAUCGAGCCACCUUGCUCGCUGUGCGGCCCGUCGCCUUGUUCCAGUCGGGUUGUUAUCAAGACCCAUUUUCACCGGGUUGUCAUCCGACAUCCUAACGACAUGCCCAGCCCACCGUAGUCCCCCGAUUUUCGCCGUUUGAACGAUGAGUGGUUCUCCCAGCAGCUGUGCAUCUCGUGAUUCAUUCGCCUCCGCCAUGAUCCAUCUUCCCUCUGCACUCCACCACAGAUGGUACGCAGCACCUUUCGUUCGAAAACCCCAAGGGCGCGUUGGUCCUUCACGAGAAUAGUCCAGGUUUCGUCGCCGUAGAGGACUACCGGUCUGAUCAGUGUUUGGUAGAUGGUUAACCUUGUGCGGCGGCGGAUUUUAUUCGAACAGAGCGUCCUCCGGAGUCCAAAGUAGGCACGAUUUCCUGCCAUAAAGUGUCGACGAAUUUCUCUGCUGGUGUCGUUGUCAGCAGUCACCAGUGAGUCCAGGUACACGAACUCGUCUACCACCUCGAUUUCAUCACCGCUAAUAUGAAUUCGUGGCGGGAGGUUAACACUGUCUUCUCUUGAACCUCUUCCUCUCAUGUACUUGGUCUUCGAAGCGUUUAUGGCCAGUCCAAUUCGUCCGAAUUCAGCCUUCAGUUUGAUGUACGUCUCCGUCAUUCUUUUGUCAAUGUUAUCGGCGAAGCCAAAGAGCUGAACAGACCUUGUAAAAAUCGUGCCCCUCGCGUCGAUACCAGACCUACGUAUCACACCUUCCAAAGCGAUGUUGAAUAGCAAGCACGAUAAUCCAUCACCUUGUCGUAACCCUCUUCGAGAUUCGAAGGGACUCGAGAGUGUCCCCGAAAUUCGAACUACGCACAUCACCCGAUCCAUCGUCGACUUGACCAACCGCGUCAGUUUAUCCGGAAAGCCGUAAUCGUGCAUAAUCUGCCAUAGCUGGUCUUGAACUUUUGUGUCGAAUGCCGAUUUAAAAUCGAUGAACAAGUGAUGUGUGGGCACGUUAUACUCACGGCACUUCUGUAGGACCUGCCGUACCUCGAAUAAUUGGUCCGUGGUGGCGCGGGCACCCAUAAAUCCCGCUUGGUAUUGCUCCACGAAUUCCCUUGCAAACGGUGAUAGUCGACGGCACAGAAAUCGAGAGAGUACCUUGUAGGCGGUGUUCAACAACGUGAUUGCACGGUAGUUGCAGCAAUCCAACUUGUCGCCUUUUUUGUAGAUGGGGCACACUGUACCCUCCAUCCACUCCUCCUGUACUACCUCCUCCUCCCAAAUCUUGGCAAUAACCCAGUGUAGCGCCUUAGGCAGUGAUUCGCCACCGUGUUUUAACAGCUCGCUGGGGAGUUGGUCAGCUCCAGCGGCUUUAUUGUUUUUCAGCCGGCCGAUCUCCUCUCUAACCUCCUGGAGGUCAGGGGCUGGGAUUCUGUCGUCAUCUGCGCGUACACCGAGAUCUACUACCACUCUGUCGUCGUCCUCUGCUACAUCGCCAUUAAGGUGCUCAUCGUAGUACUGCUUCCACCUGUCAAUCACCUCACACUUGUUCGUGAGAACGUUGCCGCCCAGGUCCCUCUGGGUUAUUAUGAAUGCCAUUUCACUGAAGCAAAAACUGAAAUAGUGAAAUUUCGCGUAAAAAAAUAUUUCACGACCACUUUGAACGAUGAAAUGAUUUCACGAAGAUGGGAUAAGUCUUAAAAAUCGAUUAAUUUGUGCUCUAAUGAUAAAAUAUAUUAGAUUUAUCUUUCAGUUACAAGACUAAUCAGAAAUAGAAUCUAUAACGAAAAAUAAUCGCCAGAAGUAUUUGUAGGCAAUCAUCAUAUGGCGAUUGAUGAAAUAAAAAUUUACCAAAUGUCUAAGAAAAAUAAAAAUUCGGAAAACAUCGACUUAGAAAUUUUUCAGCUGCCAAACUCACUUCACUUAUCCUAUUCCUAUUCUCACUUCCCUAUCAAUUUCAUUUCACGGAACUAAUUUUUGACACUUCACGUUGGGUGGAAUGGGGAAUGGGUCUCAAAUAGUGAAGUAAGCGGUGAGAGUGAAAUAUAUUUCACCGUGAAGUGACUCCCGCAAUAAGUACUUUAGCAAAUAACAAUCUCUGUUCUUGUAUGAGCUUGAAAAUCUUUAACAGUAUCCUUCGCGUUGUUUUCUCUGUUAAUAGUUCAACUUCAAGGAGAAAUCGUUCGAAAAUAGAACAUUUUCCAGUUGAUCACCGUUCUUCGGUAUAAUGUGAUUUCAAGAAAUGUGAAUUUCUUCGAAAAGAUUUUUGAUUUUUAGCAAAAUAAAACGUUCGAAUUUUCUAUUUUUUUUUUAAACUAAAAACGGACUACGAAUUUACAAUACUUUUAUGUGAUUUGAGGCAAACAAGAAAGAGGCUUAUUAAAAAAAGCCAAUUUGCAAUGAUCUUGCUACGAUGGAUAAAAAUUAUCUGAUAUCGGAGGUUGUAUUUUUUUCAAUGUUUACAAAACAAAUAAAUCCAAUGAGCAUAUGAAAAGGUAUUAAAUUUCAAACAAUUCUGGUAGUUUUCAUAUCAAGAUUGGUAUUGCUAGUCAAUGACUGUAUGCUUAAAAUUGUUCGUCUACCUCAGCGGUUCUCAACCUGGGGUACGCGUACCCCUGGGGGUACUCGAAAGCCUUCAGGGGGUACGCGAAAGAAAAAUCAGUAAUGGCGGACGAAGCAAUUAUACUCUGUAAUACUUCAUUUGUUGUUCAAUCUAGCCUCUAAAACAUGACUGUAGCAAUCAAACAAGCUACAGUUUAACUUGGAACCUUAACUAGACUACCACAACAUGAUCUACCAUUACUCUCUUCCACUCUGCAAGAACAUUCCAAGCCAGGGGGUACAAUCGAUAUGAAAAAUAUCGCCAAGGGGUACGCUUACAAAAAAGGUUGAGAACCGCUGGUCUACCUUAUUGAUAUCUGCGUGAGGGAAAUUACCCAAUCGUACUUUUCUUCGAUUUUCUCCUAUCAACCCUCUAGUGCCCAAAUUAAUUUCUAAACGGACUUCGAUAAAAUCACUAUAAACUAUUAUAACACUUUUUAAGUACUUAUUGAAGCUUUUCGGAACUUCGACUGAAGCCCGCCAAAUGGCGGCAUUGGGCACUAGAGGGUUAAUAAAAAAAAAUAUCGGUUAUAAUUAUCAUAACAAUCUUGUACAUUUUAGCGAUCGAACGGCACACUGAUUACAGGGUGCCACCGUGAAAGUGAUACACUUCAUUUGUGCCAUAUAAUUGAAACAGAUGACUCUCUGGUUCUUUCUAUCAUCACCGCUUCUAAAAAUUAUGCCAAGCCGCAUGCACGACUUUCCGGCAUUUCAUACCAGAUUUUCAUUUCCGGCAUUUCAUACCAGAUUUUCACCAAACGGUUCUUAAAGUGUCCAAACUCAUGUAUUUUCCUAGCAUGUACCCCCAAAUUCUGAAAUUCAAUGGAUUCAAAUCAGAAGAGGAUGCUGAUAAAACACGGAAAAUUUUUAUUGCACCACUUUUGAACAACCAAUGCCUUAUUCGCUGGCGCUGAAUCUUGUUGACAGCAGAAACUUUCUUCUCCAAAUAAUUCUUUGGCACAAGGUAGUAAAUGGUCUUUAAUGAUGUGUUGUAGAUAGUACUCUUUAUUAAUUUCCGCUCCCCUGUCGAUGAAUAGCAGUGGCAACUUUCCUCUGUUGGAUAUUGCUUCGCAAACCAUCACAGCUCAAGCAUUUUGGAAUCGUUUCUCUUUUAUCGGCUGGUAUAUCACAAAGACAUGCUUCAUAUACAGGAUCAUUCUGCUUGUUCAAAACAGCCUCCACCGUAAACAUUUUUUCAUCUGAAAAAAAUAUCUUAUGGGCAGCGUCCGUCUUCAGUAGCAAUCGAGAUCUGGCACCCCUGUCGGCAAAAUUUCUACGAGAACCUAAAUUAAUCCACCUAGCGGUGAGACCCAGCCUUUCACCUUCGAACUUAUAAUUUGUUAAAAUAGAUUUACUCCAACAUUUAAAAGUACACCUUGAUUAUUUCUGCUGGAUUUGUUAUUCAUUCUAAACAACAAAUUUUUGGUAGCCAACAGUACAACUAUACCGAACAAUUAAAAUUUACCAUAUCAUCGGCUUCGUGCAACACUGGCACAACUCAAAAUUUUGCAUUUUUGAGUUUUUGAUGGCAAACGAUGCCAAAUACUGUUUUAACUUAAAAGUUUCAUCACACGAAAUCCCAUUUCGAAAAUCACAAAAAUUCCAGAGUUAUGAGUAGAAGUGCCUUUGCUGCACAAAUCGAAAUUUCUCCAUAAAGUUAGUAAAAAUAAGGUUUUAACUUGGACAACGUGAGCACGUAAUAUGUGCAUAAUAGACCCAAAGGUGUUUAAUAAGGAUUGGUAAUCUUAAACUUCAAAGUUUUCUUGAAAAUCGAAAAAGCGUUUUUCUCGAAACUAUGUUUUUUGAGUUGUGCCAGUGUUGCACGAAACCGACGAUAUGAAUAUAAAUUAACACAUAUACGUGAAAAUAACAUUAAAUUCUUUCAACUAUAUGAUGCGAUUUUGGUUUUGAUUGUGGUAUAAUCGAUUUGUACUCAUAUACUGCCUAUAAAUAUUCAGAUUCUUUAAGUCAACACUAGUCAGUAGAUUUCAAAUAAUGUAUAAUUAAAGGUUGUUCCUUAUACACAUGGGCGCAACUACGGGGGCUACAGCCCCUCCUAGUAAGUUUUAAGCCCCCUCCCCCCUAGAAAUUCCCAGAGAAUAAUUGUAGUCAAUAUAAAUACAUCCCAUCAAAAUCAACACAAAUUGAGAAGUCAUCAUUCAUUGGCUGAGAACUAGUACUGUGCCCAGGAUCGAUUCUCAAACCUAGCUCUCUUACUUACCUUACUAAUAAGACGAGUGCCGUGGUGGCUUGUGCUGUAUCAAGGAGUUGUUGCCAUGCUGCUCGGUUUUGGGCUGUGUUUCGCCAGUUCCUCAGACGUCUCAUCACCCGCAAGUCUCUUUCGAUCUGGUCGAGCCAUCGCGAACGCUGCAUCCCCUAGUCCACAGGGUUGCUGAAGAGAAGUGAUUGCACAGGAUCAUCGUCCGGCAUCCUUACGACGCGACCGGCCCACCGUAACCUAUUGACUUUCGCCAGGCGUGCAACAGGGUUCUGUCCAAGCAACGCGUGCAGCUCAUGGUUCAUGCACUGUCGUCAUUAUCUGUACUCCACAAUAGAUAGUCCGCAGCAUCUUCCGUGCGAAAACUCCAAGAGCGUUGAGGCCAGAAGCGUUGAUGUAUCGAUUCCGUAGAGAACUACCGGUCGUAUCAGCUACAUCAUCAACUUUUUACUUCGUCGCUCUAGACUUGAUUGAAGUGGUCAUGCCAAUACCCCCACCACAAUUGGUGCGUACGUUUGUAUGUCUGAGAAAAAAGAGCCAUCGAUGAGAACAUGGUCAAUUUGGUUUGUUGUACGUUGGUCAGGUGAUCUCCGGGUGGUUUCGUGGAUGUCUCUUUGGGGAAAGCAGGUUCUUCGUACUACCAGUCUGCGGGAAGCUGCGAAGUUGACGCUUCCCUGGCCGUUGUCGUUCGUGACGGUGUGCAGUCUGUGCGGACUAACCACCGGCUUAUAUAUGUUUUCCCUACCGACCUGAGCGUUCAUGUCCCCAAUGACAAUGUCUCUACACGAGCAGCUAUCGUAGAGUUUCCCCAGCUGUGCGUAGAACGUUUCUUUCUCUAUAUCGGGACGUCCUUCGAGAGGGCAGUAGGCAUUGAGGAUGGUGUAGUUGUAGAACCAGCCUUUUAUUCUCAACAAACACAACGUGUCGCUAAACCCCUCCACUUGAUUGCACGACUCUGCAUCCUGCCCAGCACUAUAAAACCGGUACCCAGCUCAUUGUUUGUGCCGCCGCUCUGGUAAAAUUGUGCUCUGCGGCCACAAAUUCGCCAUACCUUCUCUCCUUUUCGGUAAAGCUCCUGGAGCGCAACGAUGCCGAACUGGUGAAGUUCUAGCUGAUCAAGCAGGAUCCGGUCGGCAUCCGAGGCGUUAAGCGAUCUACUGUUACAUGUACCGUGCUUCUAAUCGUCAGCCUUAUUUCGUCACUAGAUCAUUGCGGGUAAUUCCGGUUUGUUUUCAAUUCUUGAUUGUUCGUAGUAUGUUUAUUUUAGCAUGCUGCUUUACUAGGGCUGCGAUACCUAGUCUCGCGACGGGGCCGCCGUGUUGGGUGUAGAGGCGAGACACCGCAUUUCAUAGUUCACCGUCCACUUCGGAUCAGUCGCUGUUCGAGCCGACCCCAUCCUGGAAAACAGACGCUCAGACAAGCUGCUCUCCAAGGAGAACAACUACCGCUUCCCUGUCAGCAUACGACCAAGUUCCCACCGGUUCCCCAAUCUUCUCAUGGUUGCUCGUAUUCCAGUCGGUUCCACGUGGAGUUAGGAAUAUGGCAUUAUGCCUUGGUCCACACUGGGAUCUAUUUUAUGCCGACUAGCACGGGUGUACUGCUGGUACGCACUGCCCAGCGCAUUGUAACUCUUUUUCCUAUUUUUUUUAAAUGAAGUGUAUGAAAACUAGCCCCCCUAGAAAUUUUCCUUAGUUGCGCCCAUGCUUAUACAUUAAUUUGAAUUAUCUUAUCAGUGAAAUUGAAAUUCUUUAACGCAGUUGAUAUUACUGAUCGUUUCUGAGAGGCAUCCAAUGAAUGGCCAAAUACCAAUCAAUAUGGGUUCUUGAAACCUGGAUUAUACCCAGUUGCCAGAAUCCGACCUAAAACCUAAUUUUCAAUCCAGAUGACCACUUCUGGUUGCCUGAUAAUCAUAAAAUCAUAAAAUCCAUCGUAAAAUUGCCGAACUGCCUAAUCUGGGUAUUUCUAUGGCGAAGAUGGCGACAGUUUCCGAUCAACAGCCUAAAGUGACAAAUAUCAUCCAAUACGAUUUGAAGAAGCAGUAUGAUACCCUGAGGCCAGAAAUCAUCUUCAGAGGCCAUUUUAAAUUUCUAGACAGUAACUUCAGGUUUCUACCAGUCUAAAAGGGACAAACAUUACCCAAUGUGAGUUUUUCAGUACCCGGGAUGAUGCUCAGAGACCAGGAAUCAUCAGAGACCAGAAUCAUCUUUGGAAGAAGAGAUUUUCAAUAUUGGAUAAAAUAAUAGUCCGAUUACACUGGUCAACACAAGUGUUGCCUCGAAGGUCAAACUAAGAAAAAAUGAAAAAUUAUAGCUUUGCCUGUGAAUUUUUUUCUUUCUAGGGCAAUUAUUAUGAGCUUUAGAGCAGCAUUUUUUUCGAUUUUGUCCACCAGUAUUAUAAUCAAAUUAAAUGGGUACCAAUAAGCAACUAAACCUUCAAUUUAAAACUAAGAUUGUUGAAAUCAGUGAUGCCAUCUUUGGCAACACGAGUAAAUUUGAUAAAGUUUUCUGAACACGUUUCUUUUCAUAACCUUCGAACUACAUGUUCAAUCAUCAUAAAAUUCUUUAUUUAAAGGUUUUUGAAGACAGCCCGUUCAUUUGAUACCUAUUUUGUUCAAAUCGGUUGUGUUGUUUUUGAGAUAAUGGAGUUUCAUAACUUUUACAUUUUGAUACAUAACAGACAAAGUUACAGUCCAAUUAUAAUAAAAUUCAAUAGGGUUUUAUCAAGCAACUAGACCUGUCUAUUGCAACUUAUUUUGUGAAAAUCGGUCCAUGCAUCUCUGAGAAAAGUGGGUGAGCUCAAACAGUCUUAGAAAAACAUGUUUCUUGUCAUAGCCUGAUUUCACAUUAUUAUACAUAGCGGACAAAGUUAAAGUCCAAUAACAAUAAAAUUCUAUAGGGUUUUAUGGGGCAACAAGACCUUCCAUAUGACACUGAUUUUGUGAAAAUCAGUCCAGCCAUCUCUGAGAAAAGUGAGUGAGUUUAAACAGUGUUUGAAACACGUUUCUUUGCAUAACUUUUUAACUACAUGUCCAAUCAUUAUAAAAUUAUUUCACAAAUGAUUCAAAAAACAAGCCCGUUCUUUCGAUACCAAUUUUGUUCAAAUCGGUUUUGUAGUUUCUGAGAUAAUGAAGCUUUGUUAUUUUCACAUUUUGAUACAUAACCUCGAAACUAAAAAUCCGAUUACAAUAAAAUUCAAUAGGGUCUUAUGGGGUAACUAGAUCUUUCAUUUGCAAUUAGUUUCAUGAAAAUCGGUCCAGCCAUCUCUGAGAAAAUCGAGUGAGAUUGGGAGACCGUUACAUAUAUACACACACACUCACACAUACACACACACACACUCACACAUACACACACACACUCACACAUACACACACACACACACACAUACAGAAAAUGCUCAGCUCGUCGAACUAAGUCGAUUGAUAUACUAGAUUCGACCCUUUGGAGCACUUUUAUACCUUUGGUUUUUUCAGUGAUUUCUAUACCUUUCUAGGAGAAAGCCAAUAAUCCGUGAAUCUUUUGUUUCUUGAGAGCUCCGGGUCCGUAUCCAAGUUCAUUUUUGAUUAUUUUAUGCAUGGUGUUAUGAUUCAUGGUCAUUUCCCGAGCCAUUUUUCGAGCCGACCGAGCUGAAUUUUGCCGGAUACGUUCUUUAACCGCUUCGAUCACCGAUGCAGUCCGCACACUCCGUUUUCCAACCGGUUUGCACUUGGAGAUAACCAUCUGAUCUGUAUGUUGCUCAUAUCAGCAAGAUACAAUAUCGUGAUUUGUUCUGUACUUGUAUCCAUUACAAUUUUUCUUAGGAUAAAAAAAAUAUAACACUGCCUCUAUCACUUACAAGUGAACUAUAAACAUGUGUCACAGUCAAAACAAAUAAAGCUGAUUGACAGCCUCUUGAUGCGAAAAGAGGUACUCAAUGUGUGUAUCAUUUUAACGGUGACACCCUGUGUUAUGUUCCUCAUUUUAAACGGUUCAUGCACAAUCCAGUUUGCACAGAAUGGUGCCACAGCGCAGUAUAGUGAAGGAAGACGUUGCCCUACGUCAAAAUUGAGACCUAUAAUGGAAAACAUUGCUGCCAAAUAGAGGCCCUAUAGCACAAAAAUCGUAAAAUUCUUUAGUCAAAAAUUAAUGAGAACCAGGGUUGCAAAUUUUGAAAACUGCGAAUGAAAACAGCAUUUUCAUUCUCAAGUUGAAAGUGAUCUUUACCCGUGAAGGUGAUCUUUAAGGUGAAUCGGGACUUGGUCGCGAUCAACUCGAAUUUUGCAAUCUAAAGACUACGUACAUGAAACUUUGAUCAAUUGUUUUCACAACUGUUGCAUGCCUAAAGUAGCAAUUUGAGUGCUGUUUAUUUAGUGGAAGCCGAAUUUUUUACGAUCAAAAUACAGAAGUAAAAAGAACUCUAACCUAAAAAUUGUAUAGGAAAAGGCCACAAUCCCGUUUCACCUUAAGAUGUGUAGAAUAUUAUCGAAAUUAUUUGAUCAGAGUCAAUUCAUUGCAUGAAACCGAUGAAGUCAAUAAGCAUCUAUAUCAAGGGCUGCCGCCUCACAUGGAUAUCUGACCCGGAGAUCUUAAACAUAUCGAAGGAGGGGAAGAGGGAUAUGGGGGGGCUGAGUGUGUUGCAUUGGUUAACUGGACUAAUAUAUCGAAAUUUAAAUUAUGCUAUCACAUUUUUUGCUCUACCGGAAGAAAGAAAUAUUUCCAUAAAAGUGUUCCACGCUAUUUGUAUAGUAAAUACUUACCUAAUUUAACUUAGCAAUACUUAACAGCCUAACGCGGUGAUUUUAGAAACAAUGUCAAUAGUUUUGCUUUUUGAAUGAAAUUUCGUAAAUUGUUCAAAAUUGCCGGAAACCCGAAAGUCUUAACAAAAUUCUCAAAACUAAUGUGGAAGUCUCUUAAAAUAUUUCGCCCAGAUAAUUUACUUUUUGGAUAAAAAAGUAACUGUAGUAAUGAAGAUAGAAAAUUAAACUAACUGAAAAUAUGAUAGUAGAAACUACGAAAAAUAUAGUUCAGCAGGUGGGACUCGAACCCACAACUUCCAAUCUCCGGUCAGAUGUGUUUCCGUUACACCACCGCAGAACGAAGAAGACGUAGUUCUAGAAUCGAGUUUUGUAUCGCUUAUCCAAUUUUCGCACUUCGUUCAUUUACUUCCCGCCAAUUAAAUACGCAGGACUUCUAACAAAUUGUCAAAAUGUAUGGCUCAUGCAGUUUUCAGAACCCAAAAGCUACCUUCCUGGCUCAGAUAAAAUUCGCGUUCACCCGGAAACUCAGAGAUAACCUCUCAAACACUGUGAAACCCCGAGAAGUGACAACCCUAUGUACAUCCUCAAUCGCAUAAACAUCGCUAAAGCACCACGUGUGUAAAAAAAAUAGAAAUGCUGCUAACCAACAUUAUCACUGAGGUCAAAGUCCCUUUAAAAAGAAAUCAAUCAAUCAAUCAACAUUAUCACUGACAACAGAUUGAAGCUGAAAGUCAUGAGAAAGAUCAGCUCGUUCGUGAAAAAUUUAAAUUCACAGUUUUCAAUUCCAACUGAAAAUCCUUUCUUGACAGUCAAAUUCUGCAACCUUGGUGAAACUACUUCAGCUCUAUCUCUUUUCUACGCUGCAAUGCUUACUUUUCGGUACAGACCUGAGAUAGAUCUAGUCAUCAAGUAUGAAUUCUUUUCUUCUAUUCAGUCCUGGGCUGCUGUGAUUUGAUCAAGUCAAUCACACUUGUUUUGGGCUUGCUGUCAUUAAUGGAAAUGCAGAUUGUUUUGGGUUUUUGGCAAAGUGUUUCCACUCAAGCAAAAUAAUCGAAAUUUUUCAUUACUACUACAAUCUUUCCCUAGUCUGUUAUUUUAUCAUUGCUGUGAUAAUUUUUCAGUGUCUAUAUUUUGAUGAAGAUUGAUUAACAACGGAGUUUUUUCUAGAUCUCACUUCACGUUCAGUGCCUACUUUUCGUACAUUUUAUAGAGUAUAAUUUGGGAAUUAAAAUUGUUUGACGUGCAAAUUCCAUACAGUGCGUCAAUCGACAUCGGAGUAACGAUUUGCCACCAGAUAAGUCAUAGAGUUACUCGUCGAGACGGAUUACUUCACGUAAACCUAGAUCAGGCGUAACCCGCACUGUCGCGCAGUUUUCAACAAUCGAGUUAGUUAAACGACUUUUAACCUUAAUCUAAAAAGUGCCUGCAAAACGAAUGUUGAAUGUUUUCAUAUAGAUGAUAUUUUUGCAUUGAUAGAAAUGAUGUAAAAUGCACAGCUGAGCACUGCAUUCAGAUAAAUUGUGGAUUCUUUAUUCCGAUAAGGUUUUUUUCUCAGAACAACCCCUUUUGAACAGAUAAAUAUAUGAAAAACUCGGUGUUUAAUUUAAUCGUUUUGUUUAUCUAACUAUUCACUCCUAUGUAGUAUUUAGCAACAUGAUUUCAGUUGAUUUAUUAAUCUAACGCCAAUCACGAUCGAACUUGAACCAGCUUUUCUAGACUAGCUUGAAUCGUAUUCUUAGAAUUUGAAAUUGAACUCGUCCAUCAAUGCCAUCAUCUGGAUCUAGCCACCUAUGAAUGUACACGAAAUAACACAAUACUCUGAAUGUAUUUUAUAUUGUCAAUGCAGCAUUGCUUUAUUUUUUGCUUUUUAGUAGAGACAGAAAACAGUGUAACCAGCAAAUAUUUACAAAAGAAAAUAGUCUCUGGCACAGACACAUACCAAUUAAGGACAGCUAUAGAAGUGAAACCAAGCAAAUCAAUUUAGCAGAAAGAUGAAUCAUGGUUUUAGCGCCAAUACGCAACACUAAUAAUAGCAAACCGAUACCAAAAAAUCCAUGGAUACAAACGAAGUAAAAUAUAAAACAAAUUUGAAUCCAUAAUUGCAAAAACAAAGUGAAAGUUAUUUAGCAGAAGCAAAGAGAAGAUCGUAUUUAUGUUCAUUCUUUCUGACCAAUCGCUAAAUAUGAUAAUAUGCGGAUGAUUUUACAUCUGAUGCAUCUAAGAAACAAGCACGUUGCGAUAGUUGUUCGAUUUAGAUUGAAGAAAAAACACGUUUUCGUAACAGUUGGACCGAACCGAAUCGAAAAUAAAAGAAUAUAUUUGAGUGCGGUAAUAAUUUUACGAACAGAACUGCUAUUCCCAGUAAUUGGUUUAACCAAACUAAUCGAAUCCGAAAUGAAACAAAAAGUAGAUAAAACUGUAUAAAAAAAAACACAAAUGCGCACUGCCAUCUUUUAAACAUUUCUUCUGAAACAACUUUAAUUUUUUCCUGUGUUCAAGCGGGCGAUCAAAGCCAUAUACUCUGAGUUGUCUGCUUUAAUAUUUGGCUUACGAACGAGUACAGAUUUUUUCGGUAUAAUAUCACAAUUUUGAUCAUUUGAAAGUCGCAGUCGAGUAAGAGAAAAAAAAAACAAUUUUUGUAGACACUGAAAAGAAAACUUUUUUGACAUCUUCUUAAGUAACGAUUUUGAUAAUGAAAAAACAGAAAAAAAGAAUAUGAAUAAACGUUUCUAAUUCUUCUCGUUCUAGAAAAAAAGUACUAUUAAAAAUUAUUUUCACGCAGAGAAAAAAGAGCAAAGCAAACGAUAUUACUGAUAAUUUAAUGAAAAUCAUAAAGCAACAAAAAUCUACGAGUAAAAAACGACGUUAAAUUUGUUACGCAAAAAAAAAUCCAGGCAGUAAUAAACUAUUGGGAUGAACUAUAGGGUAAAGAAAGAAAAAUCGACAAUAUGUAAAUAGAAAAACAAAACAAGUAUAAAAUAAAUUAAUUAUUAUUUGGAGUAAGCAGAAACUGGAAGGUAUAAUAAUGUUAUCACAGAAAAAUAUAAAAAGAAAAAAAAAAUUUGAAUUAAUUAUAAGAGAGAUACUAUCGAUAAUUAUGAACAGAAGUAAAGCGCGCGAAAUUUACUAGGAUUUUCUUGUAAAUAUUUAGUAAUAAACAAAAAAAGGAAGUAUGGGAAUAAAAUCCAACACUUAAUACUGCAAAAUCGUAAUAUAAAACAAAUAGCAACUAGAAACUAUAUUCAUUGAUGAAGAGGAAAAGAAAUUCGCAAAUCCAAGCAACCAAAAACCGUAAAAGAACGUCGGCGAACAGCCGAAAAACGAAGCAGCAACAAAUAAAACAAGAAAUUAAAAUAAACCUAAGACAUUAGCAGCAACACUUUAAAGAAAAAGAAGAAGAAGAGAAUAAUGACGAUGGCAAGAAACAAAACAAUGAAAAAACAAAAAAAUAAAUUAAAUAACAAGAAAAAGAAAGAGUGA